UGGUGUAUAAACAGAAAAAACUAAUUGUAAUUGUAAUUUAAUUCACUUCUCAUUGAUUACAGGUUUAUCGACAUUGUCACAAUUAAAAACAUUUGUAUGACAAUUUAAUGAUUAACAAUUAGUCUCACCAUGUGAGUAAAACCCAAUAAAGUUAUUUAAUUAAUGACAAUUAAACCUACAGGUGAAUUAAUAGUGAUCAUAAUAUCAAAGGAAAACCCAAUUGAAACUGAAAACAUAAACAACAGUUGUAAAUUGUAGUUGAUUGUAGAAAGACAAACCUUAAUUGUAAUCAGUGUUUCCAAUUGAUUGUAAUCGAUUAAUUGUUGAUUUCUUCAAGCUAAAUCAAUGUCAGAAUAUCAAAGUACCCUUGAUUUGGUCGCAAACGAGGAAUCAAAGAUUUCUGAUUGUUGGAUUAAAGAUGGUAAAGAAAUAGUAAUUAAUAAACAAUCAAAUUCAGUGGUGAAAACAAAUUCUCAUGGAAAAGAAAACAACAAUUUACCUCAAUUUGAUUCCAAUGGUGAAGAUGAGCCAAAAUUCCGCCGGGAAAAACUUCCAUCAAUCGUUGAAGGUGAUUUCUCACCACUCGGGAUAACCUCAUUGAAACAAAGUUUCUUUGCCAAGAUACGAGAAGCUCGUAGUAAAUCAUCAGAUAAAUGGACUUUCCUAAUCACUUUUUUACGUGUCACCAUAGGUCCAUGUUUUUGGGUCCUUUGUUUAAUUGUCUCUUUAAUUACUCCAUUGUUAAUGUUUCUCAUCGGUAGUUCAUUGUUCAAUGAAUGUCCUAGUCACCCAUCGUUACCACCAUUGUUAAUUAUCAUUGGUUUGAUUACCUGUCUGGGUAAUUUGAUUAAUAUUGUUGAUUCUUUCAUUGGUUGGAAGACAAUUCUUGGUUUCAAUAGGCAAAAUGGUGACUGGACACGAAUUGUAAUUGUCACCAAUAUAACAAUUAAUACCUGUGACCUACUGUUGACCCUUAUUCUUGGUUCAAUAAUUGUUUUUACUUCAAAACCAUCAACAAAUUAUUCUGAUGGUGGAAACUAUUGUAAUCCAUUGAUUUACAAUUUAACAUGUUGGUUCAUUUAUCUAAUUACAAUCUAUUCGGGUUUAAUUAUCAUUCUACUGGCAAUUAGUUUGAUUGUACCUAAAAUCAUUAACCAUUUAAAUGUAAAUCAAAACUCAUCUUAAAUUGUAAUUCUCAAUUGGUAUCAACUCGUUUCCCGGUGUUAAUUUGAUUGUUUAAAUCGUGAUUGAACAGUUAAAUUGUUCAUUUGAUUUGUUUUUAAUCAACAAUUGUAAUAAUCAAAGUAAAAGUAUAUUCCCGUUUUGAUUAACUUCACUAUUAAUCAAACAGCGAGAAAAAAAAGUUAAUCAAGUUUUUAAUCAUUUUUCUGUUUCUUCCUCAAUUGUAACAAUUUACUGAUCAUCAAGUGUUGAUUAUUUUCGCACUUAAUUGUAAUUUUGUUGCUUCUUUAUUACGAUUCAAGGGUAGAGUUUACAAUUAUUAUUUGAAUUCUUAAUUGUUGACCAUUAAAUGAUCACUCAAAUUACAGUUCAUAAGAAGAUAAUUAAGUAAUAUACAUUUUUGAUUGUAUCUUUAGGAAGCACCAAUUAACAAUUUAAAUCGCAUUUAAAGUUGAUUACAUUGCAAAAGAUUCAACUAAUAAUUACAAUAGUAAAUUGGUGGUGAUUGUUGAUUAUUUUCUUUGCUUUUGUUGGACAAUUAAGAUACGAAAGUUACAAGAAAAAAAAACAAUUAAGAGAAUCAUAAUUAACGAACUCAUAAAUUUUUUUUCUCUUCGUAAAUCUGAAUGUAAGUUAAUUGACCAACGAUUGGGGUCAAACUGAUUGUUAUUGUUAAUUAUAAACAGACAGUGACCAUCUUUAAGGGUAUUCCAUUAAUUGUAUCACCAACACCCACUUCCACCUCCUCCAUUCAACAGGUAAUCACUUAAGCGAUAAUCCAUUUCCUUGAGACUUGAUGACCAAAGCUCGAUGACCAUUAUCACAAUUACCUGUAUAUAUAUAAAAACGGACUUACUUCAAUUCUUGUUAUUCAUCUGAAAGUUAUCUUGGUGUAAACAUUGAUCACUCGAUCAACAAUUGCUUCUGAUCUGAAUCUGUGGUCAGUGUGUGUCCAGUUCUUGUGAGAUCUUAAAUAGUGUUCAUCAUGAUAAAAUUGGCUCAGAUUCCAUUGUUAAUAUUGCUCCUUAUGGCUCCUUAUUUGAUUCAAUUAGUGUCCAGUGAAGGUUAUUUAUUCCGAGUGCCAAUUCCCCAUCAAUUGGGAAACAUAAUUGACCUUCUCGCACCGAUUCACAUUAGAUUCUCCACCGAUGGACUUAAACAUCCACCUGUCAUCCGAUUCCCUCUUCUUGAUCUCAUCAGUCGUGGUCAAAUAUUCAAUAAACCCGGAAUUCACCAUCUCAUCCAUGGCCCUGGAAUACCUUGGUAACACCACAAAAGAAACAAUCAAAUUAAUCAACAAGAAAAACAAUCUAAUAACUUAAAUGAACUUCAAUUCUCACUAUUUAUCAAAUGAAUAUCGUUUCAUGUAAUAAAUUGGAUUUUCUCACCAAAGAGAGAGCCACUGGUUUCGAUUGUAAAAUCUAAUCAAUGAACAAUUUGUUAACCAAAAAGUAAUGAAUGACUUUUUUUUACUACCAUUUGGAUUUACACUUACAACUAAUAACAAUUAAUCAUUUUAUUUUUUUUUCUUUUCUCCAUUGAUUCAAGUUGAUUUUGAGAGCAGAAAAUGUUAACAGAGUAAAAAAUUGUUUAUAUUAAAUUAUAUGAAAGAAAAAAAGAAAACAAUAAUUUCUUUGAUUGUUUUGAUCAAUCAAAUAGAGAAAAUGAAAACUUCUGAAUGAAUAUAAUAUCGAUACGAACAUUAAUUUAGUAGCAAUCAAAUGAAAAUCAAAUGAUAAUCUUGAUGAAUAUCGUGAAAAUUACUAUUGGUUCAACUUCAAUUGUUUGUGAAUUGAAUUAAUUGAAAACGAUUAAGAUAUUAAUGUGAAUUAAUCAUAAAAAUUUCAAUCAAUUAUAUUUUCCAACAAUCAGGACAAUUAAAUUACUCAGGAAAUUUUUGUUCCAACUCAAUAUGAUAACAAUUUGAAUCCAUUGAUAAAUAAUGGAAACAAUCAAAUGUACAAAUGGAUUUAUAUUUACAAUCAAAUAAAAACAAUUUAAUCUUCAUCAAUGUUAAUAUAUUAUUAGGAUAGAUAAUAUUACAGUCAUGAUAAUAAAUAUAACGGUACAAUUGGUGGUCAUUUUGUUGGACUUAAUGUCCACUCGAAAUGAAUAGGAACCUCGAGUUUUGGUAAACUUUAAAUUACUCUUGAUAAUUUGCACGAAAUCAGAUCAUAAGAAGAUGAUGAAGAUAAUGAUUGUUUCAUCAUCUCUCUCUCUCUCUAUCUCCAUCAGAACCACACCCAAUUAAUCUGAUCAACAUUUAUUCAUCCGAAGAUACAGAUUCGAAGAAGAAGAAAAAAAUAAUAAUCGAAAAAAAAAGUUCUAACCAAAAGUUACCACACAGAGAAAACUCGAUGAUCCAUUUAGGGUUAAGGCCUUGAGACGAUGAUUAUAUGAUUAGGAUGAUGAUGAUUACUAUUAAUUUUAUCAUCAUCAUCAUCAUAAUGAUGACAUUCAUGAAAAUAAUCACCAU